AUGGUAACCACACAAGAACGUUCCGCCACUGCGCGCGCCCCGGCCUCUGCUUUCUUUUUCGCGCUCUCAACUCUCCCGCCCACUCGCGAGGCAAUCCCCCUCAGCGACGCUCGAGCGUCACUUUCGCAGCCACGCCUACACUACGACGCUCUGCCCGUUUCUCCGCUACGCACGCAGUGGGCUGUGAACCUGACGCUUAAACCACACCUACUGUUACACGUCAACAUCCUGCUCCUCAGGAUACGCUUCGUCUCUGGUAGUUUAGCUGUGGUGGACUCCUGUGAUAUUUUGCUUUUUGUGUCUCACAGCAUGACUAAAAUGAUUUUGUGUGUAGUAUUUGUCUUACUAAUUUCUGUGCCGGAAGGUUGUCUUCAAUCGGCAUCUACAGAUGUGUCCUCUACUACACUGAGCACUUUUAAAACAAAUUCACAUAACCUGAGCAGUCCAACAGCUCGAUCAAAUUCUGAUAAACUUACAACAACUACAUCAACCGAUGACAGUUCAGCCAUCAGAUCAACUACUGACCAUUCAACAGAUGACAGAUCAACCACUGACACGACAGGCUCUGAAUAUGCUUCUCGAUCACAGACAACACCACUGGAUUUCAAAAGCACCACUGCUCAACAAACAACACAAAUGGAUGUUACAAAGAGAAAUCAAACCACUUUACAAUUUACUUCGCAGUUACAAAAGUCUACUGUUCUGAAAACACCCGAAUCUACAAAUGAAACAGCAUUUCCAACAGGACAAAACAGCACAACCUCCAGCACAGCUCUGGAGAAUAAAGGGGGGCAUGAUGUGGCAGGAAAUCCCGGGCUCAUUGCAGUGCUGUGUAUUUUCUUCAUUACGUUGGCUGUUCUUCUUGUAAUUGUGAUAGUGAAAGUGGUUCGAGCCAGGAGACCACAGUUUGAAAGGCUUGAUGAUGUACCAAUGGGCAAUAUAAGUGAGGAUGCCCCAUUUGCACGCUACCCUCCAAAAUAAAGAAGAGACACGCAUUUUAUUAGAGAAGAAGUGUGUCAUUUUCAAACAGAAAUGCAAAAAUAAUAUUCUAAACGUUUUCAGAUUAUUGGCUUGGCUGUGUCCAAAACUACAGACAGCUGCCUUGCUGCUCCAGAAGAUAAUGUAUUGCUGUACAGCUCUGGGCAUUUAAUGGAGUUCUCAGUUGUGCAUAUAAUUAAUCUCAGAUGUUUCAUGUAAAAUUGCUUAGAAUAAAUAAUAUACAAAUGAGACAAUUGUUAUAACACAUUACGAGUAUGGAGGUGUAAAAUGAAAGUAGAUUAUUGUACUGGUAAAAUCAUCUGGAUUUGGGUAAAUGUGAUGUUUUUAUUUCAAUUAAAAGCACUUUUUAUACCUAGUUAUGUCGUGCAAUACUCCUAUGGUCACUCAUUUUGGUCCUAAAAUGCCACAACCAAGAAAUCAACUUUUAAAUUUUGAUUAGAAAUUAGAAAAAACAAGUCACUUUUGUUCAGAUCAUUUGCUGAAAUUAAAAUAAAAUUUCCAAAAUUGGCUCAAUAUCCUACACCUGGUGCAAAAAGAAAUUACACUUAUGUUUAGUAGAUACUCUCACUGGAGCGUGACGUUUCCAGUUUAGCCUCUAGAUGGCGAUCAAAUCGUUCAUAAGACAUUUAAUGUUGAGCUUCUGUAUAACAUAAGCCAGCUCUUUUAAAGUUAUUUGAGAAAUUGUAAAUGGAAAAAGAUUUUGUUGAUAAAUUAUUACAAAUAAACUAAAUUAUGCAAUAAACUGAAACCA